AUGCUACUUAAAUUGCUGACAUCUGACUGUUUGUUGAGACUAUUGAGGCAAUUUAAUGAAGUCAUAGUCCAAAACCUUGGUGCCGUUCCAAUUGACUUCAUGGUCAAUUUCAAUGGCAUGUUGUGCAAGACCAAAAUUAUUGAUGUUACCUCAAAUGUUACUUUUGUGAGACAGUGCCAACCAAACAAAACAAACUCCAACGAAGAGUUUAUAAUGUACACAAAUAGCAGCUCCUCAGUUGCUUACCUUUUUCUGGUUCCGAUUACAUGGCAGCUGCGUUCAAACAGCAAAGUUAUGUUUGAAUUACUACUGGGCACGACUGUGGUGAAUUCGUGGAUUGUUUAUAACAUGGUUUCUGGCACAAAGCUGCGCAUUAUGGAAUUUAGAACACAACUAGCUAAAGAUCUAGUAAUAGAACAAGCGGAAGUCCCAAAGCAGCCAGUUCCAGAGGGAGGCAACACACUUUCGUGA